AUGGAGGGCGAUGAGAGCUCUAACAACUUACGGGGCCUAUAUCAGGACCUGUCAGCCUUGUCCAGGUUUGCUCUUCCCAAUGCAGAGAGGCUUGUGGCCGAGUUGGAAGCAACACUUGAGGACUUCCGCAGGCUGUUAGACAAGCCAGCCAAAAACAACGACAGCAGAAAGACUGUUCUUUCAGGCAAAAUUAAGCUUGACGAUGUCGAAUAUGAGGUCAACGUGGAGUUCCAGCAAGAAGUAUUGCAGGUGGCAGAUGCUUUGGACGUCGAUGAAAUUGAGGCUGCGCGCUAUUAUAUUCGUGCACAAUCCGAUUCUAAGAAGCUAGAUCGAUCGCCAAUCGUCAGCUCUAUAAUCCGUUUUCACGAACAAAGAGAGUUCGUUCUAGAGUGCCUGAGGCUCAUCCUUCACGAGUCUUUUGAGGUAGAACGGGAAGAAACUCAGCUCUUAAUGAAGGAAUAUGUUGCAUCGGUACUUGAAAUCCAGAAUGGCCCUUUACGCAAUGGCUCGCUAUUUGCUAGGAAAUGCAUGGACGCGAUGACAGACAUCGAAAAGUGGUUGGUUCUUUUGGGGGAACAGAUACAAAAGGCAUCAAUUGUUGGGCAGUCUCAGGAAGCUGAUAUUCUUGAAGUUAUUGAAUAUCAAAAGCAAAGUCUUGGGAAACAGCAUGAAUCUUUAGGAGCCAUCGUGUCCUACCUCUUCAAAGGCACCUACACAAGCUCUGAAGACUUCCGCAAACUCAUGGAAAAAACGAAAAAGGUCGACAAAUUUGACAUGCUACUCGUCCAUUAUGUCCCCUCAAUCAUAACCGCGGCCUCCCAAUAUGGCUCAUCGGAGGGUCAGGGGAUUGAAGACGCAAGAUCCUUACACAAAGUGAUUGUUGAGUCAAAGGAUUCCCAAGGCUGGGUACUCCCCCAGUUUCACGCUGCCGCCAUAGUCUUUUGGCUAGCGGAGUAUAGUGGCUGGUACUUUGAUAGCACGGCGGCUGGACCGAUUCAAGGUUUAAAUUCUGCCGAAGAGUCCGCCAAGCUAUCAAAAUCACUUCUCGCUGCCCUCGAGGACGGUGGUUUUCACUUUAUUCUAAGCAUUUGCGCUGGAGUUGGUUUGGAUGAAUGGAAAAAUGCAGAAAGGAACGAGCUGGUUACACUCUUACUAAAGGAUGCGGCCCGUCUGACUCUCGAACCCGACGCUCCCUCGCCAUAUUUCCAUUCUUUACUCAUGGAGAGUAUCGAAGGCUUCACCGAGUCUCUGAUUGCAAACAUGCCCGAUGCUAUCCGAAUGCUGAAGUCGGAAGAAGAUACCCAGCGAUUGGAUCAGAUUACUGCGCUCAGGGACUCAGUUUCCCCAAAUCUCCACCGGGGUCCCGUAGAGGUUCGCAUGCAUUUAGAAUGUUUACUAACUAUAAUUGCGUUCUCCUUCGACGGCAGGAAUGAUGCUGCUCAAGAGUUUUGGUUGGACCCUGACGGUAAUUUAUACGGAUUCCUUCAAUGGGUAUCGAAACGCCAAACUGUUCCCCGGGCCAGUGCAUUUUGCGAGAUGUUAUGCUCUAUUUCAGGUGGGGAAGAGAACUCGGCCGCGGCACAUAAAUUCCUCAUUGAUGAGGAUUCUCUAUCUUCUGCAAAGUUUCGAAGGUCGGCUUCUAUGAACUGGACACAAAUGUUCGCCGAAAUUCAACUCUAUGCUGUGAGAAUUACUGAGCGCCCCUCGACGACCCAGUCUUCCACACUACGCCUCCGUAAAUUGGAAGUCCCAGAUAUUGAGGAGCCCGAGAGCCCAAUUAUGCUUACCAGCUACCUACGUCUCAUCAGCCAUCUGUCCCGGGAGAAUAGUAAAAUUCGUGAAUGGAUUCUGCAACAUCAAACCACCAACUUGAUCUCAGUACUUCUCACUCUUUGCGGUGCGUCAAUCCCUCAGCAUCUUCGGGCAGCUAUCUUUGUUACUCUGCGAUGUUUAAUGAUAGACCGGACGUCAGCCCAUUCAAAUGAAAUGUGGACUUCUCUGGACAACUGUAUCUCUGGCUCAGGCUCCCUUCCACUGGCACUUUCUCCGCUACCGCCCUUGUCUAGCCCACAAGUACGGAACGAGCGGCAUGCUUUCCAACGCAUCACAGAGAGCUUUGAUCAGAUGAAUGCGUUUGUUGAAAUGCUUAACCAGCUGGUCGGCCCUGUAUCCGAUUCAUUAGAUUCACAAUUGACCCUGCCAUUCCCUGAGUCGUUGGGCUCCACGUACCGAAUGCCUGGUAUUGAGCCUUACGUCGAUUAUGUAAUGGGCCAGGCUUUCGCAAACAGAAGUGUUAUGGCUGAAGACAAGGAGUCACAUCUCUUGCAGUGGAAUUGCAUGAAUUUUGCUGCUACCGCUCUAGAGUCCUUCAACGAGAAUCUUAUUAGCAUUGUCAGUCAGCCGUCAAUAUCCGCACAGCCAAACUGGAAAGUGACAUUCUCAACAUACCUUCGAUUACAUCCAUUUUCACGUGUUAUGGAAUGGCUUUUUAACGAAGAUGUGCUCAGAGUCUUAUUUUCUUGCUCCCACAGAGAUGCAGACGGGGUGUCCAAGGCUUCUUCAGACUCCAUACUGAUUUCCAGCUUGGUCCGGAGUAUUGAUAUCAUGAAUCUAAUUCUCGACCACCAGCCCACAUACUUCAAUAUUGUUCGACCAAUAAUCAAAAGCUCCGGGCAAGACUCUUCUUUCAACAUCGCCAAUUCUACCCUUGCAUCCUUUGAAGACUGUGUUAUUGAUAACUUAGGGUUGAUUUCCGACCUAUGUCUUUAUUGCGGGACGGGGCAUCCUCAACUGACACUAACUUCACUGGCUCUUUUGGAAAAGCUGUCAGCUUCCAGAAAGUUAAACAAAUCUUCAAACAUCUCGUCUCGAUGGCAAUCUACAAACCAGAUGGUUGAACAGUUGAACUCCAAUGUUGAAGCAGACCGAGUAGCCCGAUCACUAGCCUCCCAAAUAGAUGUAGAUAUUCGGGAACUAGAGAGUGGUCCAGAAUCAUCAGGAUACCUUAUUAAGAUGGGACUACUUCAGCUACUGGAUAAGUGCCUCAAGAUGUCUCCUGAGAAGCCAACAAUUGCUCAUCUCCUUCUUGGUUUCUCCUGCCUUGGUAAUACCCUCGACAUCCCACCAGAUGGCUUGUUUGAAAAUGGGAUCUCCCUUUUACACUCUAUACUCGAGUUUGUUAAGGCUUAUCCUCUUGGAAUGGAUGGGGCCGUUAUUUCCUGGAUGAUACAUCUAAGACGUUUGGGUUUCCAAGUUUUACUGAACCUGUGGGCCUCACCUCUUUCAUCUAAUCUUACUUUACCGCAUCUCCGCGCAGGUCAACUUUUACCAGUGCUCUUCAUGUCUCAACCAGUUGUUACCGCAGAGACGUUAUGGGACGACUUCCGAACAAACGAGCCUGAUUUCUGGCUGUCAUCGUCGCCCAGCUCGCUAUCUGAGCUGCUCAUGCUCCGCACUCUACUUUAUGAAUAUGCAACGACAGAGGUGCGGGCUGUGUAUAAGCAAGGCUCUCCAUCUGUCCAGAGGGAUACUUUACGGACAAUUCUGGGCACAACAUCAGUCGAAGGUGACCAGAGCGUCGAACAUCCCUCUUUGUUUGAUCUUUUUGAUUUUGCUGAUAUUGAUAUCGACUUUUCUUAUACAUGGCCUGAAUUGCAGUUCUUUGGUAGCGUCAACGUUGAAAGUUGCGUGAAGACGGAGGAAAACGGGGUGGUUGUGCUUUAUGACAUUGAAGCACUACAAGAACUCCUUCAGCUGGUGAAAGAGGAUCUCGUUGCCGAUGGUGUAGUGACAUCACAAAACGAGGAGCAAAUCAUGGCUGAAAAGGAGAAACUUUUACUAUUUUUAAGUGCUACUAACGAAUUCCGUUAUGUUCAAUUUAAUCGGUUCGUUGCCUUAAAGGCGUGGACAGAGCUAGUGACCAUCAUUACUGUCACUUGUAAAAUGGACCCUACAUACAUGGCUUCCUUCAUUCAGCAAACACUGCAACUGAUACUACCAAAGUUUGAGUCAUCAAUAGUCGAAACCCCAGCGGAAGCUAUUGAAUUGGCCCACCUCGGUGAGACUCUCAUUGACAAGCUUGAUAAGAUACCCACCGAUACAAAUGGGGAUGUGAUCGAUGAGAGAUUGGACUACUUGUUCCAAGUCUGCACAAGCGGCAUCCCGCAGACGUCCGACAACAUCACACUCCGAGAAUCUCUAUAUCAAAUAUCCUCGAAACACCUCGCCCGGAUUACGGCAUCUAGUUCAACAGAUGACCGAUUCAAGGAGCAUGCGCACAGCACCGUCAAGGCUGCAGGGCCUACACUCAUGGAAACUAUCUGCGAUGAUGCGUAUGGCAGCAGCGAGAGUUGCAGAGUCUCUGCCCUGGUGUUGCUAAACCUCUUAGGGAUCCUUGACCAGCAGAGAAAUUCUUCCCUCCUGGUCAACUUGAUUACCCACUCCAAUUAUCUUGGAAUGUUCCUAGACGUAUUGAGGGUAAUGCCUUCGGAGUUCCGAAAUGCCAAAGCUACAGAUACCGCACAGCUGUUGCUGUUCUACGAGUCCCAAUUAUCACUUCUCCAACAACUUUCACAGACGAAGGCUGGUGCAUCGCAGCUUCUAGAUGCUGGUUUAUUCCAGGCUGUGAAGGAAUCACAGCUAUUUUCUGCUGAUCCAGAUAUAGGCAUAGUCACCGUCUUUAUUAACCAGGAGUUUUUAUUAGAUAUCGACAACAGUGACGCACUUCAGCGAUACUAUGAACUGCUUUUGUCAGUUCUCCAAGUGAUUGUGUCCACUAUCUUCUCUAGAGGGCUGCAUAAUCAGGCCAUCUGUGACCAGACGAGAGCAUUCCUCUCCGAAAACAGACAAAGCAUGGUUGGCAUAUUCAAGCGAUGCGCAAAGAGUGGAAGUUCAGAUGACCCUAGCAUGAAAAAAUGCCUGGACAAUCUGGCCAAAUCGUACACUGCAUUGAUUGCCUCUGUCGACUUUCUGGACGUAAGUGCAUUCCCUCUCCUCCGUCUCUUCCCCAUCCACCCACACCAUCCUCAUGCACCAGAGGCAUCGUACUUACAAACUUCUGAAUAG